GUGAUUAAGAAGUGAUAGGCCUUGGAGUUCCUCAACAGCUGGAAAUCCACAGGCUGUCCAAGCCUUAUAUAAGUAUCCUGCAGAGCCUUGAUGUUUGCAAGGUUUAUAACGUAAAUUAUGAUAGGGUGAGGGAGAAGAGGUAUAUAGCAUGGGACAGACUGGGAGACGUAUAGACAAAAGGUGCAGUGUACAGAGCAGACAUGCCAGGCGAGAGGUAGAAUCCAACCUGGCAGCUGUACAAGGAUAUCCUCCAGCACUGAGUUAACAGAGCUGAGAUCAGGAGAUACACUUUCUGUACAGACUGGUUACAAGCGAGGGUGAGAGGAGACAAACUGGUAUAGGGCAGAGGGAGGUACCAAGGUCAUCAAGUAAGAGGAAAGGGGGGUCAAAAGAGUUAGAGGAGUGCAAGAGAAUACUACAGAGUGGAGGCUGAGAGGGGGGAAUAGCAAGGAGGAGGGAGAGGUAAGGAGCAGAACUACAGGAGGUAAACAGCUCAGGGUGAGACACAGAAGGACAGAGAACACAAGAAGACUUCUGAGAAGUGACAAGCCGUCAGGAUGAGUUCUGGGGCUCCGCAAGGAAUGCACUCCAGCCUCUCACAGAGUAACCCACAGACAGAGUCUAAGGGGAGAAAGAAGAUCCAGUUUUCGGUGGCUGUUGCCCCCAGUCAACUUGAUCCAAGAGCAGUGGAGAUGAUCAGGAGACGCAGACCUACCCCAGCCACCUUAUUCCGUGUAUCUGAUCCACAGUCACCAGAUGAUGACCCCACAUUAUAUCAGAAGCUGACAGGGGACGCCCAACCACUAAACACCAAGAGAUCAAAUCCAUGUGCCUAUAUCCCUCCAUCAAUGAAAGCUGUCCAGCGCAUAGUCCAAUCUCAUAUGCAGUCCCUAGGGUCUCUAAGUGACAGUGAUAAUGAAAAUGAUGAUGAAGAAGGCACAGAUGACACUGAAACUGGUACAGAAGAGCCAGAAUAUAAUGAACCAGAAGAAUAUGUGGAUUGUGGUGUGGCCUGUGGCAAAGGUGAUGAAGGUCCACCCAGUGACAAUCUAGAAACCCUUAUGAACCAUACUUUUCUGGAAGAUAGAGCAGACACAAUGGAGACGGCAGACACACAAACAGAAAAGGUGUGUGACAAGCAAGUGGCGUCUGUGGAACAUCCAUAAUCUGGUCCCAUUACAGCUGCCUUACCUCUCUACAGACUGGAACCAGACUGCUGUCUCUUGAGUUAGUGUGGCCCCCUCCUUCCCUCUAUCUUCUUGCAGCCUCGCGUCCAUCCUCGUCUUUAGCCCUGCUGCAGAGAUCAGACAGCCCUGUAUAUUUAUGUGUUAUUAUAGCCAGCUUUUGCAAAGCAAUAAACUCAGUAACUUACA